ACCUUCAUGCUCUAUACACUCCGCACACAAUGAUUUUGCGGUUUAUAUUGAUAUUAUAACAUUGAAACCCUCAAGAUGGUCGUCAAUCGCGAUGGUAAAAUAUCCUCUUCCCUUUCCCUACUAUGCGACCAACUAACAAAUGACCUAGUUUCGUCCUGGUCUACAUCACAUCUCCUGGCCGAACUAAGACGACGACAACAACAAGAAGAUGAAUCUGGAACGAUCGCCCAGAAACCUGUUUGCGGAUCUGGGGUUAAGGGCAGUUAUAAUACGUCUGCGCAUGUAUAUGCGCUUGUGCUAAUACUCGUCCUGAGUACAAUCGGUAUGUCAUCACAUCCUCUUCUAUUUGUCCCAUCUAACAAGAUCUUCCUUAACAGCAUGCGGAUUUCCCCUGAUUUCUCGGCGUUCCUCGAAAUCCGAUGGCCCGAAUCGAUUUAUUUUUCUUUCUCAACAUUUCGGCACUGGGGUUUUGAUAGCUACAGCAUUCGUGCAUUUAUUACCAACGGCUUUUAUGUCUUUGACAGAUCCAUGUCUGCCGUAUUUUUUCAGCGAUGGAUAUCAUCCUUUAGCAGGUCUUAUAGCCAUGUUCAGUGCAUUGGUAGUCGUAGGGCUGGAGAUGUUUUUAACGACUAGAGGGGCAGGUCAUUCUCAUUCACAUGGAGGGAAUUGGGAUGUUGUGCCAGGAGGGGAAGAUGAAGCGAUGCAAGGAAAUGGAAGCGCAAAGAAGAAGGGGAAGCAGUCGAAUGGCAGAUUAGGCAAACUAGGUCUAAAUCAUCGGCCACAAGAUAUCGCAUUAGAAGAUAUGGGAGAAUCCGAAGGUCUCGUCGCAGGAGUAUCGCCUUUUCCAGUGUCAACCCCUAAAGCUGGUCUUACCGGGAGCUCCGAGCAUAAAAAAUAUCAAGACGCGAAUAUCUCAGACGACGAUUCUGACCUCGACCUUGAACUCGAUGAACUGAAUGAUCCCCUCACAAAAACUCCUACCCAUUCUCCGCACGACCCUGAAACUACUACCUCCUCCCCAGUCUCAGCCGAGGACUCACAAAAAAGACAAAUUCUACAAUGUCUCCUCCUUGAAGCCGGUAUCCUCUUCCACUCCAUCUUCAUUGGAAUGGCUAUCUCCGUCGCCACUGGUCCUCCCUUCGUCGUCUUUCUAGUCGCCAUUGCUUUUCAUCAAUCCUUCGAAGGACUCGCCCUCGGAUCUCGCAUCGCCGCGAUUAAUUUUCCCACCUCUUCCCCACGCCCCUGGCUCAUGGUUCUUGCAUAUGGAACUACGACGCCCAUUGGUCAGGCAAUUGGUUUAAUUGUGCAUAAUUUGUACGAUCCGCAUUCCGCGGCUGGACUUUUGAUGGUGGGGUUCAUGAAUGCCAUCAGCAGUGGGUUGCUGCUAUUCGCGGGCUUGGUACAAUUGUUGGCCGAGGACUUUUUGAGCGAUAAGAGUUAUGGUAUUCUCAAGGGAAGAAGAAGAUGGGAGGCUUUUAUGGCGGUUCUGGGUGGGAGUUGUUUAAUGGCGUUGGUGGGGGCUUGGGCAUAAAAAAUGGAUGAGUGUCUCAUGAAGAAUGGAGGUUUUUGUGAAUUGUACCAGUAUUACUCUUAUCAUUUGCAUUUCUAGCGUUUUCUUCUUUCAGAUUUGGGUAGGAAGAACUAGGCCGCCGGGCGCAGCAUGGGUAGAGGUUUUGGGAUAGAGAUAAACUGAUGGCAGAUUUGGUUACAAGAUACAGUGUCUCAAAAUAUAUACUGUACC